AUGAAAUAUUUCUACAAAUUGGCCAUAGUCUUAGUCUAUAUUCAUACAUAUUUCAUGCGAAACAGAUGUGUGAGAAAAGUAUUUUUAGCUGAAAAAGAACCUGAUUCUGGUGUAAAAUCAGGGGAUGGGAAAGGCUCUUAUGAUGAUGAUGAUGAUACUAUGACAGAAGUUAUAAGGCUUUUGUCCCUUCAGGCUUUGGGGCAGGAACAAGAGGAACAGAAGAAAUCCGAAGAAGAGGGUGCAGCUGGAGGGGCGGAAGAAAAGGGGGCAGCUGGAGGGGAAGAAGAAAUGGGGGCAGUUGGAGGGGAAGAAGAAAUGGAAACUGGAGAGACAUCCCCAAGAAAAAGAAGAUUAAGUUUAAGACAAACACAUUUUCAAUUAAAAGAUAUUAAAAAAUACAAGGGGAGCUCUGAAGAAGAACAGACGGAAAAAGUACAAGAAAAGGGAGCAACUUCAAGUGUAUCAUCAUCAAAAGUUGCACCAGAAGAAAAGCCUGAAAAAACUAAUGACCCCGAGUUAGAUGAGUUUAGACGUGUACUAAAGGAAUGUGAUGAUAUGAAUGUCGAAAUUGGUGAAGAAGCAAUAGAGGAAUAUAUAAAGGUAGGGGUAAACACAGUAGAAAAAAUUUCUCAAGUGCAUAAAGAUUAUCCAUUAAAUUUGGCGAAAGGCAUUGACUUUGAAAAUCCUCGUAUGCCUUUUGGAGUAGCAGACAAAAACUUUGAUCUGAAAAGUGAAAAUGAAUUACGCGACACUCUAUAUUUUGAUGAUUACAUGAAUAUUCCAUUAUUUGAAUUUUUAAAUAAUACUAUGGUGGGUAAUUUAAGUCUGGCAAAAGUUAAUCAUUUAUAUGUCAAAGAAAGUAUUAAAUAUCAGGCAUGCAGUGGUUCUCUGUUGGAGUAUCUUGGUUCAAAAAACUUAUCUUUUAACAUUGAUCAUUAUUUUGGUCUUAAUUUAGGAACAUAUUUAUCUGAGGAGCAAUGUGAAAUUUGCAAUUUUGAAGAUCCAAAAAUAAGGGCUAUACGAGAAAGACAUGUGGAAAAUACUUAUGUAGUUGAAAGAUUAACUGUGAUAAAUUGCUUUAGGCAUUUGAAUUUUGCCGAACGAAGGAAAUUAAGAGAUAUAAUUUUUUACCAACAUAAGAAUAUUUCUCAUAUAAAAAAAACAUUAUCUCUCUUAGCUGAAAAACGUUUUAAAAUUAAGAAAGAUUCAAUGCUUCUUUCACAAAAUUUUUCUUUGCCUAAAAAUUUUAUAUAUAAGGAUGUUAUUCUUUUGACAUGUCUACAUUAUGUAACCAGUUACUCUAUUGUAAUACUUAAGCCAUUAAAAAUUAAAGUUGUUGGAAAAGGUGUGAUACAAUAUAGGGAGUUUUAUAAUACUUCAGGUAUGCUAAAUCAUUUAAUAGCUUUACUAGAGUUUAUGGAAAGUAAUUCACAGUUGUGUCGUAAAUUCUUUGAUACAUAUAAAAAUGUUGGUGGUUUUUACCCACGUUUGAAAUCAACUGACGAUAUAGUACCCAUUUUUAAUUAUUUAACGGUAAGAUAUCAAAUAUGUUGUAUAAUGUAUAAUAUAGGUAAAUUAAUUUCGAAAUUUCAAUAUUGUGAAGAUAGGGUAACUAAUUAUGAGGAGCAUCUUCUUGGGGAUUAUGUUAAAACAAUCUUUUCAUUAGAACGUACAUUAAAUAAGGCGAAAGAGUUGCUUAAACACUGA